ACUUGAGUACUGCACAAAUAUCAAAUAUCAUGGGUACGUGCAGUUAUGCAGUUGUGUGCACUGACAUGUGACUGUCUAGUAGUAGCUGCAUAGUAAUAUCUUAAAUGACUGAAUAAAAUAUUAAUUAGGCAUUUGAAUAUCGAAAUGGCAGGAAAAAAUAACUUGAUAAGUAAAUCGGAUAAUGUUCAAGAUAAUUUUUCUCUUAACGGUGAUUUUCAUGUACAAAAUAAUUUUGAACCGGACUUUGUUGGCAGGGAAAAUGACCUUGAAAAGUUACAUAAGGAAUCGGAAGUUUGUAGGAUAAUUGGUAUAUUUGGAAUAAAAUCAGUCGGCAAAUCAAGGCUUGUGAAAGAAUAUUUGAACAGAUUUAAACCAGGCGGAGUCAAAGUUAUACAUAUAGAUAUAAAGUUGAUGCCGGAUAUAGUGUCGUUGUAUAGAAACAUCUGCACAGCCUUGGAACUACUCUUUGAUCAAGAGUCGACUGGAUCUGACCAAUGGAUUCAUGAUAUCGUGCUAUUUCUAAAUUCAGCACCAGGAAACGAGUUUUUAUUCUUCUUUGACAAUACAGAGGACUAUCAAAAUACUGAAAAUCAAAACAUUUGCUCUUCAUUUUUGAGAUUAUGCACCACAAUGGUAAAGAAAUGCAGAAACGUUCAGAUUUUCAUCACUUCAACUACUCAAGUUCAGUUUUCUAAGCUUGGAAGAGUUUAUUACGGUCAUGAACUGCUACCUUUGAAUGAAACUGAAGCAAGACAGCUACUGGAAAACGUGACUUCGGAGAUUGAUCUAGGAGACUAUGAGAGUGCACUAAUAACGCUUAGUGAAGGAUUGCCGCUUCUGAUCCUCAUGAUCGGAUCAGAGUUAACAAAAGACGCAGGGAUGAUAACUCCGAAAAAUAUGGUCAAUCUUUUACUCACUGGUAGACUCAGAGCAUUGAGUAGAGAAUUUUAUCCAGAGGAAGAUAGAGUCGGAGAUGUCUAUAGGAAGUUUCUUGAUCGACUAGAUGGAGUGUAUAAGAAUCAUCUCAUUGUUUUAGAAUACAUCCCGGGAUCAUUCAGUGCUGAACAGGCACAACAAAUACUUGAUUUAAAUACAGAGGAGAUGGUCAUGGGGGAAAUUUUACUCCCUGCACGUAGACGUCAAAUACUUCAUUAUGACCUACAUACAAAACGAUUUGGAAUUCAAGGAAUUAUACGCGAAUGUAUAAAGUCAUUCUACAUCAUUAAAAAUUUACCAGAAGUAAGACGAAGAUACAUAGAAAUCUUUUCUGCUGUAAUGAUCAAUAUCUCCAAGCGUCUAAAUACAUCUGAUUAUACAAACGCUAUGGCUGAAUAUUUUAUUGAACAACCGAACUUACAAAAGCUGCUGAUAGAAGUAGAGAACACUGCUCAAGACAAUUACAAGUUCUUCAUAGAAAUGGUGACCAACUGUACCGGAAUGAUUGAACACUUAAUGUCAGGAAAUGGUCAAGUAUUUUAUAAGCACUGUUUACAGGCUGCGGAAAGGUAUGGCCAGGACGAUGAUAAAGCAGCGAUCAACAUUGCUGUUGGAAGUUUAUACACAAAUACUACGGGAAAUUUACUCGGAGGAGAAGCACACUACAAAGCAGCAUUGGACAUUCUAGAACCUCGAGGUGAAAGAUCUUUACUUCUUGCAACAGCUUAUCAAAGGGUAGGUUGGAACACACUCCUUCAAGGACAAAACACUGAUGCUAUAAGAUAUUUCAAGAAAUCAUUGGCAAUAACUGUGAUAUCGGGGGAAAAGUUCAAAGUAAUUGCUGUACAAUCAUUAAACAGUAUGGGAGUAUCGUUUGCGUUUUUAGGGAAGUUCAAAGAAGCAGAAAAGUACCACUUUCAAUCGUUGAAGCGGCGCCGAAUGUUCCUUGGUGAGACUCAUCCAGGAAUAGCUGUCUGUUUUAACAACAUUGGUGAAAUGUAUGAUUUAAACGGUGACUCCGAAAAAGCAAUGGAAUACUAUAAAAAAGGACUUGAUAUGAAACUACGAUGCAAUGCUCCUGUUUUAUCGACGGUUCUCUCCCUGUGCAGUACAGCUAAAAUGAUGAUCCCUUUAAGACAAUUCAAAGAGGCUCAUUCACUUCUAGAUGAUGGGUUUGAAAAGUUAAAUAAGGAAAAGCUCCCACCGAAGGAAGCGAAAGCAUGUGUCUGCCACACUAAAGGUUUGGUGUAUAAAGAAGAAUGUCGUUAUAAUGACGCUGGGGAAAUGUUCCGAAAAGCAGUAGAAAUUAGACAGGAGAUUGCACCAAACAAUACCCAGUAUAUUGAGAGUUUAUCGCAUUUGGCAGACAUAUAUAAGAUACAAGGCUAUUUACCAUGUAGUUUGAAAUAUUGUGAAAGGGUUUUACAAAUUAAGGAACAAGUAAUAACUUCAACGCCGCACACGUUGGUUAUUGCUGAUACAUUCGAUCGAAUGGCUGACAUCUACAAGAAACAAGAAAAUACGCAUAGAUAUGAUGAAACCCUAGAGAAAUUACAAUCAGAACUUGUUCGUUUAGAGCGUGUUUUUCUUUGUCAUCAAAAUGAAAGAGAUUUGUAUAAAAUACGGAAUAGACUUAGGGAUUUAGGAGCUACAAGGGAAUAAAUUUGAUUUAUGAAAAAAGUAGUUAAUUAUACGUAUACCAAAAGAAAAAAAAAUAGAAAAUCGCUUUCUUAAAAUUGGAGACCUAUUACUUUGUUGAAUAAUAUAUAUAAAAUUGCAUUACAUUCUGUUAAGUUAAGAAAUUUUAAAAAUAGAAAGAGUAUUUACAUUGAUAAUAAAGAAAAUUAGAAUUAUAAGAUUACAAAUGAUGCUUCUCAAUUUUAAGAUGAUAAAAGAGCACACCUUAAACAUGUUGUAGAUUGUCUCUAUAUAUAUAUAUAUAUUCACUUUUGUCAGGAUUAAGUGUAAACUAUAACAAGACGCAAGUAUCAUAGGGGACUGCUUCAUUCUAACUUCUCGGAGUACACUUACUUUGAUUUUUAUCUAGAAAAUAUGUUCAAGAGCAGUGUUGAUCAUAAAGUAUAAGUUGAACUGCUCGUAUAACCUCAGUUGAAACAUUUAUUUAUAAGCCUACCUAAGCCAUCAGAUGAAUAUGAAGAAAAUAGAGGAUAUGUUAAAAGAAUUUGUAUGGAAUGUAAAACAAAAUUGAAAAACAAAUCUGUUUAAAUAAAGAAAAACACUUUAUUCUGGUCAAAUUAAAGUGAUAGAUAUUAGAAGUUAUAUGAAAAUCUUAAAAACAAAGUUGCUUAGAAAUUGUAUUACAUGUGUGUUUAGAUAAUGCCACAAACUUGUACCAAAUCAUUUUAUGUUUACAAAAUCGUAAGAUUUGGUAAAUGUUAUUGUGAUAAAAUUGUUUAGUUAAAUUAGGUUCCGGAAAGAUUUCAUAAAUGCUAGGGUAUGAUAUAAUGACAAAAUGAAUAAAGAUACAUGUUUAACAAUUUUUACAUUUGUCGUUAUAUUAAACCAUGUAUAAAAAUAGAUCGUGUAUUUACAAAUGUAC